AUGGUUGCUUUGCUCUUCAAAGGAAUCAAAGGAGUGAGCUUGUCGUGUGCGUCUUCUUCUUCGGUAGCCAUACGAGAGAGCAUCGACAGAGCCAAGUCCAUCGCCCUGCCGAUCACCGGAAGAGGCAGCACGAGACCAAAGUCGCAGUGCGCGGCCUCCAAGCCCAUGCCGACCGAUGGAUCAGUCAGUCCAUCCAGCUCUUCUCGCUGCCUGUUAAGCUCGACCGCAUUGCUGUCGGACGACCCCAGCUUCUUGAGCAGUAGAGGCGACGAAGAAGAAUCUUUCUCAAAGCCACCGAUCUCUUCUGCCAGACCACAUGAUCAGCAGGUUGUGGUUCUGAGAGUGUCGUUGCAUUGCAAGGGUUGCGAAGGGAAGGUCAGGAAACACAUCUCGAAGAUGGAAGGAGUCACAUCCUUCAGCGUGGACUUGGCGACGAAGAAGGUGACGGUGAUGGGAGACGUGACGCCCUCGGGAGUGCUCGACAGUAUCUCCAAGGUUAAGAAUGCUCGGUUCUGGUCGUCACCGCCUCGAUCCUCGGCGUCAUCCCAGUUGAAGGAACCCUGCUAG